CGUUCAAAUGAUGCUUGCGGAGUCUGUGAGAGAGAGCUACUGUUGAAUGAGCAGCUCAGCAGCAAAAGGCACAACCGACAAGAAAAAGGUACCGCAGGAAACGAGAAGGACCCUCGCCUCACUCAUCGCCUCCCUGUACCCCGUGUGUGUUCAGACAGGCCACUAAGGCAUCGCUCGAAUCGUGUGGACGCAGCAACGGUUCUCAGCCUCUUCGAGCCGACACUCGAGUGAAAGCCGGGCACCACCCAUCAUCACUGCCUCCGCCCUGCUCAGCAAGGACAACAGAGCCCCCCAAUCCUCGAUGGACGAGCUCGGCCCUGCCGACCUGAGCGCAUAUGUUGAGGAGCGGCUGCAGAACUACGAGCUGACAGCCGAUAAUGGUCGGGAUGGCAUCAACUGGAAGCCAGGGCUCCCUGGCUUCGAGCUCGAUGGCGUGCGGCUGUCCAAUGACCGCGAUGUGGUCACCCCGCAGCCCCUGAAGCUGACUGUUCUGACCAAGAUCGGCAUCGACAGGGCGCUGGAGCAGGCUGCCAAGGUCCGUGACAAGGUCGUCAGCCUGCAGGAGAGAAUCGACGAGGGUGAGGAGCUCUCUGAAAGCGCCGUCCGGAGCGUGGUCGACAAGGCCAGCAAGAAGGCCGCAGACAGGAUGUCGUCUGCCCCCCCUCCUCCUCCUCCUCCUCUUCCUCCUGCUUCUGCUGCUGCCGCUGCUGCUGCCAAGCCGGCGGUCGUCGAGGAGCCAAAACAAGUCGAGGAGAAGGAACAGGAUGAGGCAGCAGCAGCAGCGGCAGCAGCGGCAGCUGUUGAGCCCACCAAGACCAAACGUGGCCGCCAUCCCAAGGCCCCCCUCUCCCGCUCGGCCGCUUGUGCGGCUGACUGCCUUGGGGGCCUGACCAAGGACGCGCAAGGCAUCAUGUGGCUCGACGGUCUCCAUCGUUUUGAGGUGUGGCGCCUCAGCCCCGACACCAAGCAGCUCGUCUGCGAAGGCAUCUUCCCAGCUGCAGACAAGACCGACCAGGCCAUCGGCAUCGCCGCGAGCGACGCCGUCGUAUGUCGCGAUGCUGCCUUCUACGGCAUCGGUGAGCCGCUGCGGGGCGAGACAAUGCAUGACACGGCCGGUGAGGCGAGUGAGACGAAUGGGGAUAUCGAUGAGCUUGCGGAGGGCCUCUGCACCGCCACCAAGAGCCAGCUCUUGACAGCCUUUCCGCGUGACGAGAACAUGCAUGGGACACUGACAAUCCGGUGGGACAAGCCCAAGAGGGGAAAGAGGGGCUUCAUGGUCCUGCGGAUGGCCAAGGUGCAGUCUGAGCAGCAGCCCCCUGAAGAGAGCACACCAGGCGCAGUAAAAAAGCAGACCAAGAGCAGAAUGUUUUCCCCAGCCAACGAGGGCGUCUCUGGUCUGCUGGAGGCCUUCGACGAGGCCGUGGCUUUCUAUGGCGAGCUGCAUGCGACCUGGGCCGAGGGCAAAGCGGCCGCGCCAGAAAAGAAGGACCAGCAGGGAGACAAGGAGGCGGAGGAGGAGGAGGAAGGCAAGAAAGAGAAGGCCAAGAAGAAACCCCAAGCGGAGCCUGCUGCUGCUGCUGCGGCUGUGGUCGCGGUCGUUCCCAAGAAGAAGCCGGAGCCCUCUUCUCAAUACCAGCAGAUCGUGUGGAUGCCGCGGGAGCAGCGCUGGGAGGUGUGGUUGCUCGACCAGCAGGGCCAGGCGGCACUCGGCGGCAUGUUCCCGGCAGCACAGGCCGGCGAGGCGGGCGACCCCGACAAGGCACCCGAUGCGGCAGUGGAGCGACGCGACCACCUCCGCAACCUGCUGCAGACGACAGACAAGGAAGAGGGAGACAGCGGUGAGGAGCACCAGCAGCAAGGAGAAGGAGAUGAAGACCUCAUUCCUAUGAUCCUGCCCGAUGAGCUUGGGGAUAAGGCGCACGCGACCGAGCGGGCCACCAACAUGAUCAAGGCGAUCCUGGGCACCGGCAAGGAUGGCCGCAGGGGCGGCGAUCAUGUGCAGGUGCGGUGGAGCUCCCGUGGCGCCGGAUUCAUCGUCGUCUGGCAGGGCCCUCUGCCCAAGAAGCCGAAGCUGCAUCUGCUGGAAGAUGAGAAGAUGGACGAGGGAGACGAGAUGGUCAACAGCUCACAGUCACAGGGCUCACCUGCUGACCCUUCUGCUGCCGGAAAGGCGGGCCCGUUACGCGACGAGCGCCACUUCUUCUUCCCCGUUCGGGAUUUCACCCACUCGUCCCUUCUGGCGGCCCUCGACCACGCGCUUGAGGUGCGUGCCCUGCUGCUUGGCGGCGAGACGGACCACCGCUGGCCGCAGAAGGCCGUUAAGAAGGAGCCGAAGGAAGAGGCCGGCGACACGUCAGCAGCACCGGCAUCAGCCCCUCAUGCCAACAAGACCAAUCCGCAGGCCUCCAAGGCCCUCCGUGAGGCGAGCCUGCCCUCCGCCCUCGGCAAUGAAGGCGGCAUCACGUGGAUUGACGCUCUCGGUCGGUAUGAGGUGUGGGUGUGGAGUCGGGAAAACGGGGCGCGUUUCGUGGACGCAUUCCCGCCCCACGCGCGCAGUGCCAAUGGUUACCAGGCAGCCGCAGCUCUGGCGCUCAAGUGUCGGGACAAGGCCGUCGGGCUGCUGGACGGGGAAAUGGACAAAUCCCCGAUGCAGGUCAGUCAUUGGUGCAUGGACGUCGACACGAUGCGUGCUGUACCCUCAUGCCGUAUUCCUCGUCUCUCUGUGCAGGCACAGACGUCGGCAGCCGCUGCUGCUGCCGCUGCUGCUGACCAGUCUGCCGACCGUGUGGAGACGAUGAGUGGUGCCGUCCUGCAGCAGCGUGGCCACGGCGUGCUCAAGGCCAUUUUGACGCUCGUGCGUCGGCAUGAGGCCUCCCCGCCCGCAUCGCCCAAGAGCCCUCAAGCCAAGCCACAGCCAGACGAGGAGGUGGCGAUCUCGUGGGACCGGGACCAGGAGGCCGUCAAGGUGUGGGCAAAGAAGGGCCGCCACAGGGGAAGCAAGGGCUUCAACAGGAUCUUCUCGUACUGCGUGCUGGAGCGGAGCUUAGAAGAACUGGAGACCGUCUUCACUGAGGCUUUCGAGAUGCGGGCGGACCUGAGGGGCCUCGACUCGCGUGACCUUGAAUUCAAGAAGAAGAGCAAGGGUGCGGGCGAGCAUCCGGAGAAGACACCUGAGGAGGGCAGGCAGCGGCCGGAGGUCGACAUGGCCGACCUGGAGGCCUUUUGUGCGAGGAUGCAGGAGAAGAUGGAUUGGGAGACCGCGGCAGAGUCAGCCAGCAGUCCCGGCAAGCGGAAGCGUGACGACGCUGAGGCUGAGGGCGAGGCAGACGCAGACGACGACGAGGACGGCAGAGAGAGAGCCGCCCCCAAGAAGCACAAAGCCGACAAGAAGCACAAAGCCGACAAGAAUGAGGGGGAGGGGGCUGACGAUAAUGCGCAGGAGAUUCUCAACCUCCUCGAGCAGCAGACCGCCAACGAGACACGCUCGCCACCCAGCAAGCCACACAAGAAGCGCCAGCGGGCGGACGAGGACAGCAACGUGCCAGCCGGGCUCAAUGGGCCGGCACGAGCGGACUCCCCACCACGGAAGAAGACGAAGUCGGCACCGGCCGCAGCAGCAGCUGCUGCUGGUGCUGCUGCUGCGCAUGAUGAGGGAGACGAGAAGAUGCUCAACGGGGCGGACGAGUGAAUAAGGGCACCGAGGGAGAGGGGGAGAGGGUUUGCUUGCUUGCCACGCGUGACUGCUGGAUGAGUGAGUGAGUCAAAGAAUGAGGGAGCAUGGCUCAGACGGUACGGGAUGCGUUGG